AUGGUGUCCGAAACAGUCGAAGAGAAGGGGCCACUCUAUCCCGACUACCUGCCCUUCUAUGACCCUCUCGAAAAGGUCGAGAUGGUCGGGCCGUUCGAGCACGAUGACCCAGGCCAUCGAGCCGAUCCAUCAUUCCCGAAUCUUUUGGAGAAAGCGACUAACGUCGUGGAAUUGAGCCCUCAUUGUGGAACAGAGCUUCAGGGCGUUCAGCUUUCGGAGCUUUCAACCCAAGGCCUAGAUGAACUGGCCCUUAUGGUGGCAGAACGCGGAUGUCUAGUACUCAGGGACCAAACUUUUACCGACCUGGGCUUUGAGAAGCAGAAGAAGAUUGCCUCGUGA